UUCAGUUUCAAGUAUUCAUCUCAAGGAGAUAAUGUUAUUUGUGUUUAUGGUGUAAAGUUGAAUAUAAACUUGACAAUCCAAAGGAUAAAACUGUGAACCGCUCUUGAGAUCAACUUUGAUACUUAUCUCCAUCUCCAUCAUCAUCUUCAUCCUUUUCUCCUCUCUCAUCUCAUCUUCCCUUUUGUUUUUUUCUCUCUCUCUCUAUCUCUCUUUCUCUUUCUCAUCUAUUGCCAUUCAAAUAACAAUAACAUCCAAUGAUGAACCAGUGUAAAAUGAACCGGAAGACAUCAGGAUGUCCACUCAAAUGUGAUUUCUCCGGAUUUAAGGUGUCCAUUGUAUUGUUUAUGUUAACAGUGAUUUUGCCAACCUUCAUUGACUGUAUGAAAGUAAGCUUUGAAAAGAUGACCAACCGUGAUUUCCCUGGACCAACUUACUUUACUGCACGAAACAUAUCCUUAUAUGAGUGUCUAGGUUGGUGUAGGGAUGAGGCCGAUUGUACAUCAGCAUCAUUUUCAUUUAUUGUUAAUCCAAUGGCUGCAAAUCAGGAAACACUAUGUCGACUUCAAAAUGAAACCCUGAGCGGCAAAGUGUCCCAAUCGAUGUCAUCCCAACAGGGUAUCACCUCAUCAACAUCAUUAUCUUCGGGUAACCCACAGAGAGCCAAUAAUCUUUACUUUUUCUCCAAAUUAAAUCUAAGAUCAGAUAACAUUUGCAGUCGACUUUGGACAUUUGAACGUUAUCCUAAUCGAGUACUUCGAGGUCUCGACAAUGCAAUCAUAUACACUUCCAAUAAGGAAGCUUGUUUAGCCGCUUGUUUGAACGAGGUUCGUUUCCUAUGUCGAUCCGUUGAAUUUAAUUACGUUACAUUAUCUUGCCAUUUAUCGGAAUAUGACCGACGAUCGCCUGGGGCAUUUCCCGUUGAUUUAAUUGAGUCCCAAGGAGUUGAUUACUUUGAGAAUGCUUGUCUUCAAGCUGAUGAUAUUUGCCAAGAUCAACAAGUUUAUGAUUAUGCUAAAUUGGGUUUACCAUUAAACAAGAUUGCCAAGUUUGUUGAAGUUAAUUAUUAUCCUGACAAAGAGCUACUGGUAAAAUCUCAAAGUGGUUGUAUUCGGGCUUGUGCCAUUGAAAAUGAAUUCAUCUGUCGGUCAAUCUUAUAUCGUCCAUCAUUUGAAAAGGGUCAACCUAAUUGUGCCCUUUACCAUCUUGACCAUAAAACCUUUCCCGAUGGAUCGGAAACCUUUUCAACGGCCUCACUUCCGUUAUUUGAUUCCGGUGAAACAAGUGCCGUUUAUCUGGAAGCCUCAUGUACAAAUGAUUCAACACCAGUACCACCCCCACCACCACCUCCACCCUCUUCAUCCGGUCCAAUGCAUCAACAAACAACUACACUCAAUGGUAAACCUUCAGUUAUACCCGCCUCCACACAACCACCAAUAUCAUCAACACUUCCGGUUCGUGAUGAAACCAAAAUGGAUCCAUCCUGUGAUGCCCUCGGGGUUUGUUACGAUGUUACCCUUAAAUGUACCGAUACAAGGAUAAUGGUCAAUGUAAAGACAUCUCGACCCUUUCAUGGUCGCAUCUAUGCCCUUGGACGAAGUGAAACUUGUAAUGCUCACAUAAGAAAUAGUCAACAAUUUCAACUGGACAUGUCACUGGUUGGUCAAGAUUGUAACACCCAAUCAUUGUCUGGUGUUUAUACUAAUACUGUUGUCCUUCAACACCAUAACGUUGUCCUUACCAAAGCGGAUAAAGUUUACCAUGUAAGGUGUACCUAUGAAACUACAUCGAGAAAUGUUUCAUUCGGAAUGAUGCCCGUCAGAGAUCCUGAUACUUUGCAAAUCACUUCAUCGCCUGAAGCUCCGUUACCUAAGAUUUUAAUCUAUGGGUCAGAUGGACGAGAAGCUUCAACUGUCCGAAUCGGUGAUCGAUUGACCUUUAGAAUUCAAAUUCCCGAGUCAACACCUUACGGUAUUUUCGCUCGUUCUUGUGUUGCAAUGGCCAAAGAUGCUCGAAGUACCUUUGAGAUAAUCGAUGACCACGGGUGUCCUGUUGAUAAUUCAAUUUUCCCAAGUUUCAUGGAAAACGGAAAUGCUCUUGAAAGUAACUACGAAGCCUUCCGGUUCACUGAAUCUUAUGGUGUAAUCUUUCAAUGUAACGUUAAAUAUUGUAUCGGAAAAUGUGAACCAGUUAUUUGUACUGCUGGAAGGGAAGAGAUCACUUCAUGGGGACGAAAACGUCGAUCAGCCCAUUAUGAGACCGACGAUGAGAUGACCUUAAGUCGAGAGAUUUUAGUUCUCGAUUUCAAUGAUGCCGAUGCCGCUCGAUCAACAAUGGAUCCAUUAAAUGCCAAUGAAUCAUUUUCUAGGGAAUCAAUUAUCUCAAUGGAUCGAUGUGCAUCUCGAACCUCAUUGAUGGCCUUAAGUGUAAUUAGUGCUCUACUUUUAGUUAUGUACGUUUGUACUGUUGCUUAUUUCACUGCACACCGGCGGAUGAAAUUACCCACCAAAGUUACCCUUCGAUGAGAAUUAAUUUAGUUCAAUUAUAAAGCCUGUUCCAUGUUUUUGUUGAUCAUCAUCACCAUUUCACCAGCGAAAACACCACAACCUCAUCAUUCACCAUUCAUCAUUCAUCAUGAGACCAAUUGAUUCAUUUAAAUUAAAUGCAAAUUUACCUUAAUUACUAAUGGAUAGUAAGUUAUAUCUCUCUAAAAAGGAAGCAAACAAAAAGAUACAUUUGUCCAAAAACUGACCACUCACAAAUCCCCACCGUCACUAAUAUCCCACCUUUGGUGUUUCCAUUGAUUUUUAUAUAUAUUUGAUUAUACAUGAUUUAGUUAAUUGCUCAUCAUCUUUACCCACCUUAGUAUAAUAGAGUAACAAUUUGAUUACAUACAAUUUGAUGAAAGGGAACAAAAAAAAAAGUUUAAUUGAAAUUUUUCAUCUCUUAAUUGUUUUAAUUAACAUGCAAACUACUCAAACCCACCUAACCAAUUAUUCAAUUGAUGUAAUCAAAUCAAAUUUCUUACUCUUUUACACUCUACUCAUUAUUUACCAUUAUCACCUUGACCUUAUCGAGGAUGAACUGACCCCCACCGUGUGUUUAUAUAUAUAAAAAACAAUGGACUGACCACAAGUCAAAAGGCAAAUGAGUCUUUGUGAUAUUAUUUAUUGCUUUCUUUUUCUCAUCUUCUUAUCUUCUUCUCUUUCUCUCUCUCUCAUGAUGACAAUUUUAAUCAACUACUGAUUCUCAUCCUUUUUGUAUUCCAUCCAAUUCUGUCUUCAAUUCUUUGGGAACUCUCUCUCUCUCUCUCUCUCUCUCUCUCUCUCUCUCUCUCUCUGUUUCAUCAUCAUCUUCUUCUACCUGUUGCCCUCCACCACCUUCAUCCUCUUCCUCAUCUUUGUUUCCUUUCACCAUCCAAGUGAAGAUGAAAUCAGUUCCUCUUUCAUUUCAAAAGUUUACCUGGUCAUGCAUUACUCAUGGUAAUCGAAUUUGCAUUUAUGAACUUUUUGCCCUUGAUUUUGAUUCUUUUAAAUUAUAUAAAUCAAACCAACAGAAAAGAAAAAUAUAAUAAUAAAUUACUAUCAUUAUCUUUAAUCAUCAUCAUCAUGUAAUGAUUAACACCCACAAGUCAUGGUAGAGAUGAGGAUGGAGAGAGAGAGAAGAAGAAGAAGAAAAAAAAUUGAACAGAAUUUAAUUCCAAUAUUUAUCUUGACCACUCAAGUAAAAGGCUAAUUCAAGUUACUAUUAUCAUCUGAAUCUUGACCACUACAAUUAUGGGUCAAACUUUUGAAUUGGGUAACCAGAUAAUUUCAAUUCCCCCACCAACAACCACCUUAAUUGUUACAUUUGAUUACAAAUUCUGGCAAUUUAAUCAAAAGUUGAUUAUGAUGAUGAUGAUGAUGAAAACAAUUUGAUUUCAAUUUUGUCUCUUAACAAUUUGUUUUUUAAUUGUUCUAAUCGUUUUUUUUGAUUGUAAACAAUUAAAUUAUCCUCCCUUUCCUCUUACCUAUCUGUAAAUGAUUAAACAAUUAUUGAUUAAUUGAAAUAAUUUGAAAUCAAAUUUAAGUCCCAGAAACAAUAAUUACUAAUUUAUUGAUUACUAGUAAUAAAUUACAAUCAUUAUAAUGUUUUAAUCAUCAUCAAUCAGUUAAUUGUGAACAAUUUUCUUACUCCCUUAACCUUUUACUUAAAAUCAAAUUUCAUUAAUUCAUCAAAUUAUAAUCAUUUGAUCAUUUUCACCUGUUUAACUUUUAACCAUUAUAAUUAAAAUUGUCAUCAUCAAUUUGGAUCAAUUGAUUAAAAUUAACAAUUUCUAAACUUUGAAAGUUUAGAUUCAAAGUAAUUAGAGCACUUUUCUUGGUGCUUAUCCCACCUCCUCUAAUCACCCUCACACUAAUUGUGAGAUGAAUGGUUGUAAAACUUUAAUUUUUUUAUUGUUCAUCAACACAAUCAACAAAUUAAUUUAUUUUCAAAUUUAAUUACAAUAAAAAUUCAAUCUGUAUAUGCAUUCAAUUAAUUGUCUACCACUGUAACUAUCCUACUCUCAGAGUCAAGAGUAUCAAAUUUACCAAUAGUACACAAAUUACCCUCUUAAUUAGCACCUAAAGGUUAAUUUUGGUUUAGAUAGUCAAAUAAAUUAACAAUUACAAUUAAAAAAACUCGAAAAUUUAGAGAAUUAAUCGAACGCCAUCUAUACGAAACCGAAGAAACUAACGUAACCCUUUUCUUUUCUAAUUUUUUGAACAUUAAUUUUAAUUUGGUUUCUAUUAAUUUAAUUUUUCUACUUAAUUGAUUUUCUAUUUUUUAAUUGUUGUUUAUCUUUUAAUUAGAUGUUUAAAGUUAAUUAAUUUCUCUCCUUUUUUUCCAUUACCAAUGUUUCUCGUGUUCUCUUCCAAUGUUAUCUAAUCAAUUCUUCAACAUUAGUUGGUUUCUUUUCUCAUGGUUAUUACUCUGUAAUUACAUUUUCUUCUUAAUUUUUUUGUUCUCUUCUCUUCAAUGGAUUCAAUUGAUUAACAUUUGAUUUCUCUGGGUUGUAAUUUAAUCCUGAGAAAAUUAAGAUUGAUUCCUGUUGGUGAAAAACUGGAUUCAUUUUAAUAAACCAAGACGGACACAAUUCCAUGGCUUCAUUUGCCCGCUCUCCUCCUAUAUAAAUGUCUCUACCUCUCUCACUCUUGACCACCACCAAGGAUUGGACCGGAUCUUUGGAAUAUAAUUUUCAAAUGCACUAUGUCAGUUAAUUAAUUUGAUGGACAUUGACACCGAUUCACACAUCACAAGUUGGAGGAUGAACAAGCGAAAAAAAAGAGAGAAGAGAACAAAAAAAAACGGAAUGAGAAGCCUCAACAAAUACCCACCAUUAAAAUGGCACCAAUUUGGUUUCUCUUGAUUAUCUUAGCCCAUGUUUCAACCUGUUACACUUUAAUGGAGUAAAUUCUGGUGGCAUUGACUUACUGGAGGAAUAUAACUGGUGAAGGAAAAAAAAAGCCAAAAUCAAUUCCAAUAAAAUGAUUUUCUUCACUGGGGUAAUCAAUUGAAAAACCUUUAAAAGACCCACAAAAAUAUUACCUGAUGAACAGCGACAAUGUUGUGUGAAACAAGAUGUCAAAUUUUCAUGGCAAUUUCAUUAUGGUCAAGUGAUUUUAACAAUAACUCUGUUGACCUGAACAAGCUGGAAAUUGAUUCAUUCCAUUAUUCCAAUUUUAUCAAUCAACUGGAUGAUUAGAUAUUAAACCAAAUCAAGAAUAUGAAUAGAUGAAAUUACAUCUUUUUCCAUCCAUUGAUCAUCAUCAUGUUUAGAAUGUAAUAUUUACCUUCUAUUUACAAUCAACAUGCACCAUUUAUAUGUUACAUUCAUUUGGAUACUAAUACAAUUGGCAACUGAUGGACAAGAGAGAAACUGCAAAUCCUAAUCAAUUAACUGUAACAAUUCAAUUGAUUGCCUCAAUAGAAACAUCAUCAUCACUAUCACCCAUCAACAACAACAACAACAACAACAAAACAUCGAAACCAGAAUCAGCAAACCUUAUAAACAAAACCUGACGGAAGUCACCAAUUAUUAUCAUUCACCAUAACCUUCAUUACCAACAUUAAAUUUAUUCACCAUAAUUAUCAUGAAAAAAGUACAAUUUUUGGUUCAGUUGGAUUUCAACACCAUCAACAAUAAGAAGACCUUAAGAGAGAUUAUUUUUCUUGCUUUCAUCUAGUGCAAGGAAAAAUGUUGAUGAUAAAUUGAACCUGAAGAAGUGAAAGGUCAACGGUUAACAUAUAAAAGCUCCAAUGGUCAGCAUUUAAUUUGGUUAUCAUCAUAUUCAGGCAACAAAUCAAAUGAAGACAAGGAAUGACAAUGAGACUCUGGUGAUGUGCUGAUGGAUAUGAUUAGGAUGAGGAUGAGAAGUGAAAAUCAUUUGACCAUCAAUCCACGGGUCAAUUGAUAUAAAAACGAGUUUUCAAGAGAAAAGAACUUUUUUUCUCUUUCUUUUGGUUAGUUUCAAGCUUCGUUGUCACUUCACCAGAAUUUUUUUUCUCUCUCUCUCUCUCUUUUCUCACAAUCAAUUGAACGGUUUACUGGUUGAUUGUUGAUUAUUUAUGAACUUUUACUGAGGAAUCAGAUUGAGAAAAACUCUCACAGACCUGACGGAAACGUCAACAUUUUUCUGUUGACGAAUUGGUAAAUCAUCAUUCAGCUAAUUGUUAAACAACUAAAUCAGUGAUAUUUAUUUAAUUAUACAGAUAAUCAAUCAGAUGAUCCAGACCAGAGGAAAUAAGAAAUGCCAACAAUAGGACUUAAUCCAGUUCAAUUAAUAUGUAAACAGGAAGACAACCAUUGGUCCAUAAGCGUUUAUUUCCUUAAAUCAUCAGCAGAUGAAAAAAUUGAUUAACAAUUUAAAUUUGAUGUGAAAAUUA